AGGCGAAGAACUGCGGAGCUGGACGAGAGUGAGACCAGAAGAAUGAAGAAGAGUGGGGCGUUUGGACGAGCUAUACAAUGUGGGUCAUUGCGCACGUGUGGGUCCUGUUGCAAAAAACUGACUACGGUAAGCAGAAAUUGUUUACAGGUCCCUGAGGAUAAGAGAAAUUUACGUCUUGUCCGAUUCUCAUUGAUUCGCGAGGGUACUUCUGCUGCGAAUGGUAUGAGUUCAGAGGAUGCAAGAAAACGGCAGCGAUUGGCCGAGUCAUCUAGAAGAAAGUUGGAAAACUUGCAUAUGUUCAUAUCACCCACUCGUCUGAUGGUGCACAAUCUUCCCUCUUCCAUGACUGAUGGGAAACUUAGAGAGAUAUGUGUAGAGGCUGCUGGGAAGUUUGCGCAUAUUACGGAAUGUCGCAUUUGGAAGGAUACUUCGAAGUUGGACUCUAAGGGUAACGCUCGUUCGAAAGGGUACGCUUUCGUCAAUUUUUCGGAGCACAGUGAUGCUUUGCAGUGUCUCCAAAAGCUUAAUAACAAUCCACACAUCUUCACUAAUGAACGACGACCAAUAGUCGAAUUCGCUAUUGAAAACUUGUUGGCGAUCAGAGCCAAGGUGAGGCGCUCGGCUCAUAGCAAGGGAGAAACAUUGACAGGGCGAGAACUUAGUGAUAAAGUCAAGACACAGGUCAAACACUCAAUAGAAGAGGUGUCUAAAUCAGGUAUGAAGGUCAUGCCUAAGUUCUUGGGUAGGAAAUUGCGACACAAAAAUAUGAGUAAGACACAAUUGAAGAAGAAGGUUGAUGGAACGGCUAAAAAUGUAGGAGCGAAGAAGAACAAGAAGCUUAUGACAAAGUAUCUUGCGUUUUCAUCAUGA